AUCUGUCGCCCUAAACAUUUAUUCGGUUUCGUAGCGUGUCUGCGUUUGUUGUCCUUGGAUACUUUUUCUUCUUAAACUCGGAACUAGCGCGAACGUUGAUCCCGAAUAGUUCUCGUUUUGUGUUGCAGGACUUGGUGUGGUAGUUGAAAGUUGAGAGAAGACAGGUUUACAAGCCGAUCUGUUUCUGCAUCUCUACUUGGUACCUCCACAAGGCAGGCUUCAUCUCAUUUACACGCACCGUCAUCCCCACAAGCGAUCAUGGCAGUUCCUCCCAUAGUGCAGGCGACGCUUCAGUCGUCGGUCCUGGCGGCUGUCGCAAACCUGCUUGCUCAAGCACUUACCGCCUUUAGGGAAGAGGACAAACUUGUCGUCGACUGGAUCCCAGUUUUCCAGUUUGUACUCUACUCGGUCCUCAGUACACCGCCCAACUUCAUGUGGCAAGACUUUAUCGAGUCAACCUUUCCGGCCACCAAGAAGGUCGUUCCUACCACCGAGGCCGUCACCGGAGCCUCGGCCAAGGAUGAGAAGGCCCUCGACCGCACCGCCAAGGCGGGACAGCUGGUUGAGCCGGUGCCGAAGCUCAACAUGAAGAACACCAUUAUCAAGCUGAUUCUGGACCAGACGAUCGGAUCUGCGGUCAACACGCUCAUGUUCUCCGUCUUCUUCCACUCGGUCCAGAUGGCCAUGGCCCACCGGCCGCACGGCGCCGAGCACAGCAUGAUGUUCCUGAUGCGCAGCUUUGCGCGCAGCGGCAAGGACGACAGACCGGCGCUCGACUUCACGGCCGUCCGGUGGGACGAGGUGAUGCCCAAGGCCAAGGCCGAGUUCAUGCCGCUCCUGUCGGCCGGCUGGAGGCUCUGGCCCUUGGUCAGCCUGAUCAACUUUGCCUUUGUGCAGACGGUCGAGAUGAGGAACCUGGUGGGAGGAUUGGCUGGUAUCGCCUGGGGCAUCUACGUCAGCCUGUUCACGGCCGGUAAUUGAGGUGGUUUUGCACUGGGAGAGUGCAUUCAACUGGCUCAGUCUCGAUUGGUCGAUGGGGCAUUAUUCUUCUGUCCUUUCUUUUGAGACAGCUGAGUGGUUUACGAGGAAGAUUGAUUGAUAGAUGGAUCCAGCUUUUGAUGACAUGAUUUCGUUCAGUUUUCAUGACGUAUUUUGGGGAGUGUUUUUCGUUUAAUACGAAGAACACCCUUGCGUACCCUGGAUAGACAGGAUUGAAUGCCAGCGUAUAGACAUCAUAAAUUUAGCUUGUGCAGGCAUUACGAAUAGUCGUACGUUGACCUGCUCGAGGCAUCCAAUCAUCAACAAACAAGAAAGAAAAAGCAAGCAAAUAAAACCUGAUUGGUGUGGCUGUU